AUGGUCAAUCAAAGCAACGUCUUAGAGUUUGUCCUUCUCGGCUUUCCUGGCAUCGCUGAAAAAUUUCAUAUAGCUAUUUCUAUGAGCUUCUUUCUGAUCUACAAUGUCUCGUUGUUCUCCAAUGUUAUAGUGAUAGGUCUGAUAAUUUUUCUAGAACACCUGCAUCAACCCAUGUACAUCAUCAUCGGAAACCUGGCUCUCUCUGACCUCAUAUUUGACACACUGACCUUACCAAAAAUCAUUGCCAAGUAUUGGUUUGGUGAUGGUUCCUUGUCCUUCAUUGUUUGCUUUUUUCAGAUGUUUUUUGUCCAUGCUUUGGGCUCUCUAGACUCAUUUAUUAUCAUGCUGAUGGCCAUCGACCGUUUUGUCGCCAUUUGUAGACCUCUACAUUACUUUUCCAUCAUCACUAACAGAAUAGUUUUAAUGUUCUGCUUCAUAGUUUGGUUGAUCGCCUCAGUGGCUGGCAUUACGUUUACAAUGAUGGGGGCCAGCCUUCCAUACUGUGGACCAAAUAAAAUUAAGAACUGCUUUUGUUCCCUCACACCCGUAGCCAUCUUAUCCUGUGUUGACUCCUUCACCACCAGACGUAAAGUCUUUUAUAUCGCUCUAGUCGUCCAUCUUGUUCCAUUAUCUUUCAUUAUAUUCUCCUAUGUGUUCAUUAUAUGGAAGAUUCACCUAAUGGCCGGUAGAGAAAAGUGGCAAAAAGUUUUUUAUACCUGCACCACUCAUGGGCUUGUUAUUUUUUUGUACUUUGUGCCCAGGUUGGCAGUUUAUAUCUACUACCAAUUUCAGCUCUUUUCCAACGCCGAUGUCAACGUCUUGCUUAUCUGCAUUUACACAUUUGUGCCACAUUUUACAAGUCCCAUCAUCUUCUGCCUGGGAACGGAAGAAAUAAAAAAUACGUCCAAAAAGGUCUUUCAAAAACUUGCCUUUCGUUUAAUGCAAUAA